AUGCAUUUUCUCCAACCAAAAUGGCUCAUAGUAUUCGGAGCCUUGAUCACUUCCUCGCCUGCGGUCGAGGUUGACUUGGUAUUCCCUCGCAACGAGGCCUCAUACUCUCCAGCCGAGUGGUUCCCGUUCGUCUUUGCUGUGCAGAACACGGAAAAGGCAGAGCUUCUCAACCUUCGGAUCAGUUACAUGCUCCGCAAGGGCGAUGAGCUCGCAGACUUGGACGACCAGAUUCUCGGCAGCCAUGAUCUCAGCUGGACAAACUGGUCUGGCAGUGCAGACCCUUAUUUGGCCUACGAGUACAUCCAAAACGACUUCAAUACAUCCGGUAGUUGGAUAAUUGAAUGGGAGCUGCACUGGCAAAGCUGCAAUGUGGAAGCGCUGAACCGGGGCUCUGAUUCUAAUGGAGUCUCUGAACAUUACUACCACUGGACGGACGGCUUCUACAUCAACAAUUCUAGCAUCAAAGAGGUGGAUCUUGUCGCAGCAACGGCAAAUGAAACCUGCCCCGGAAGCCCCGACGGGAUUGUCAUCAAUGUGACCGACACGGUCAUGAGUACGCUUCCGUGGGUCAACUCUGCACACCGCGACACGUGCGUUGUUACCAAAAAUACAACCGCCAGUCCUACAACCUCUACCCCAGACCCCUGUCGUAUUGCGAUAGACGAGGAUACCGCCGAGAGCAUGGCCUCCACUCAGCAGCAGCGCUUGUGCUACCUUCCGGUUCCCCCUGAUAACUGUUCUAAAGAGGAGAAUGGGGCUACACAAUCGGCUAUACUUGGUGUAUGUGGAAUGCUAACGGUAAUUGGAGCUUUGGGCCUUGCCGUCUUGUAG